CGAGUUAAUAAAUCCGUGUUUUCUUUAAAGAGUCAUGAACGUGUUAGACAGUGUAUUCUUGAUUGUAUUUGAAAACUAAAACAGAAACUUAUCCUUAUAAAUCGUGUCAACUGUGUUUUGUACCAUGCUUAUACAGUUACACUCGUUUGUUUGAACACGAAAUAAAAGAAUCGAAGUAAAAUAAAGGAAAUGCGAAGUAAAUUAAUGCUCCCAGCUCGUUGCAGAAAUAAUUAGUUAAAUUAUUACAUAUAUUUAUUUAUAUCUUCGUUUACUUCUCGAUCUCGUUAUCUUGAAUGCAUGCUGUGACAUCCAGUACGAAUAUAUCAGGUAUGCUUAGUUUUAAUUAUAUCCAUUGUAAAUAUAUGUAGAUCUACUUCAGAAGUUGUCACACAUUAAAUAUUUCAUUUCUAAUUCUUUAGGAGACCAAAAGCUGCAUAUUGUCAAGUUGGCCAAGUAAUGGAAAUGUGCAAGACUGAAAAUUAGCUGUUAUUUAAAUAUAUAUUGUAUGGAAUUUAAAUUGAUUUUAAUAUAUUUUUUUGUUUAAAUUGUACAUAAUUAUAUAUUUAUCAUAUCAAAAUGAUGUAAAGAAAAUUACAAUUUGGCUUAUUUAUAUGUGGGGAGAAACUAGAUUUGAAUGUCUCGAGACUGAAAAAGAUGAUUUCUGAUGUAUAAGACAUGCUAAACGAUGGACCACGCCAGUGAAGAGCUAUAUAUCUUACCAAAUCUUCCUUUAGUCAUGAUGUGAAGUGAGUAGUAUACAGUGGUUACCUGAAAUACAUGCUGCUUUGGAAGCAUUCCUGUAGCCUUGGAAGAUGUCAGACAGAGAAUUAAAAAUGAGGAAUUCAUCUGCAACACUCGUAAAGAAUGGAAACAAAAAAGUAAUGUAUACAGAGAAGACGGCAAUGGGAGGUGUUUUCAUUAAGACUGAUUUGAUAUUACCUGAUGACGACGCUCUUUCAAGAAGGCUGACAUUUCCUAUGAUGUUAGAAGAAUUUGAGCAAUUGAUGACAGUACAUCUACAGGAAGGCAAAUGAUUGAAGAGCUUGAACAAUCGCUAGUGUUGUUGAGGACUACCAUUUAGGGAGAAAGGGAAAUAAGAUGCCCUCCUAAAAUACGAAAAUAAUGUAGCAAUAAAAAAGAUGUAUAAUUUUAUUGAUCAAUGUCUUGGAAAAGACCAGGUUAUAAGUUGUCACCAUGGACUCUGGACUUCUGGGUCAGGCAGUACAGUACCACGGACCAGAACUCGUGAGAUGUCUACAGAUAGAGCAGCAGCAGGUGCCCAGUAGCAUGACGGAACACCUCGGUAGAUACCGCCAACGACAGCACGUCACGACAGGGCUUCGAGGAGAUAUAUCCCAGAGAAUACAGAGUUUUGUGGCUAAGAAGGCAGAUUAUUUGUUUACACAUCUAGAAGAUGCUUCAGUAGAGCCACCAGUAUCCACUGAUGAAGAUACUUACGCCAAGAUGCCGCCUAUUGAGUCAUUCAUGGGGGUGGACUGGACCGCUGCCAGAAGACAUUUCUUCAAUAGUUUAGAGAGAUACGACAUUGUGAUAGGGGUCGUGACCUCCUCACUGGAGAGUGGACUUGUCCUGACUCUCCUCUGUCUGGAUAACGACAAAGCUCGAGAUAUCGACGAGAUGAAAUUAACGGCAUUCUGUCCCGCAAAGGAGCUCCCUAGGGUCCCAUAUCAGAGCCCCACAGAGGCUUUUACUGUCAAGGACAAAGUCAGAGGUGUGGUAGUGAAUGUGAACUCGGAGUCCGAACGCAUCAUUGUCUCGUUAAAUGAGAGAGCUCUCUCUGAGGAACAGGAGCACAUUAAAUUGGGUUUAAUUAAUGCAGAUGAGUUUCCUGUGCAGUAUAGGCGUAAGUUACAUAUUCGCGGUUUGACCUUUGAUGAACUCCUUCAUUCGAUUCUGGGGUUUAACAACAUGGGAAACGUGCCCUACCUAUUGGGGGUACUGAAGCUAGAGGACUCGUCUUCCUACAUGAGAGGCCUGCAUAAAUUGAAACUUCCGGAGAAAGAGAUGGCUGAGGGACUGAGAAAACAGCAAUCCCAAAAGUGGGCACUUCAGAGUGUUGCAGAAGGUAUCAAAUAUUUUAAGAUGGGAAAGCAAACAGAAGCGAUGCAAUACCUGAAUAAAGCACUACAGAUUGAUGCAUUAAAUGUGGAAGCUCUAACUGCUAGAGGGGCCCUGUAUGCAAACAAUGAGAGCUACACUAAAGCUAUGGAAGACUUUGAAGAAGCUUUAAAAAUAAACCCCAACCAUCAGAAUGCUAAGAAGUACAUGUAUGAAACAUUACUAGCCGUAGCCCGAAUGAAGGAGGACAUAGAUAAUUUUGAGGAGGCUGAGAUGUACAUAAAGAGGGCCCUGGACAUAGAACCUCAGUCUGUAGAGGCCAGGGAGGCCCUCCGAUUCCUACUCUACAAAAAGGAUCGACAGCAUAUGAGUGACCGUCACCGCAAACAGUCGCGAUAUGAUGACGGGAGAGAUUCAGAUGAGGAAAUGUUUAUGGAUCGCACCACAGCGACACUGAAAAAGUUAAUUAACGAGGACAGAAGCAGGAGUGACAAGAAAAGAAAGGAUAGAUCCCCACGAAGUUCAAGGUCAAGGAAGUCAAGGUCACCAAGGUCUCCAGAUUAUGACAAGGAUAUAUUUGGCAGACGUAAAUAUGAUGGUAUUCCAGGCUUGGAUUUUGGACAGGAGACUGAGAAAUCAGAGAAAUCCCCACCAAGGCAAAGAUAUAAGUCAAGGUCACCAGAGGAAUCUAGGCAAAGAUAUAGGUCAAGGUCACCUGAGGAAUCUCCAAGUCGUCAAUACAAUGUAGACCAUCAGUCAUCUUUUAUGUUUAAAGGAAGAGAUAAUGAUCGCAGUGGAGGUGAAUAUCCAGAUUACAGGAAGAAAUUUGAAGAACAGUCCAGAGAGCUGAGAGAGUCUAGUGGAAGCAGAGACAGACAGAGUAUGGAAGGACGAACAGACAGACGAAGUAUGGACAGAAAAUCUGAUAGAAAGUACCUGGAUAGAAAUCCAGAUAGAGACUUGGAGAAAUAUCCAGAUAGAAGUAGGAAUAUAAAUCCUUAUCCUGAAGGACUGCACAGAAACCCGGACAGAAGUACCAGUGAAGACCAGAAAAGUAUGGAGUACCAAGAAAUGCCCAGAGAGAAAUCUCAGAAAGAGGAACUUGAUUUAUUGUAUGGGGACAUUGAUGAUUUUGAUCCUAACAGACAAGAAGAGGAAAGGGUGAAAAAAGGCCUCACUGAAAAUUUAAUGAAAAUCAAAUCCAAAUCUACUGAACCUUUACAGCUGUCAAUAAAGAAGGAAGAUAACUCUAGAUCUCUGAGUCAGAAAAGGAGUGUUUCCCCAAAGUCAGGAAAUCACAGCUCUAUACAGCUCAAAGAAGAGAAAAUACUUCAUAAAGAUGAAAUAAAGAAGGAGAGUUUUACAGAUGAUGAUAAAUCAAGAAGUGAGAGCGUGUCGCCAGUGAAGAAGAAGAAGGCAAAGAAAGUAAAGAACAAAGAUGACAAGGCAGAGAAAAAGAAGAGAAAAAGUCGAGGAAGCAUGUCUCCUCGGGAAAAAAGAUACUAUAAAGACGAAAAAGAUAUGUACAAGAGGGAGAAAGGUAUGGAGGAGAUGGAGGGAGACAGAAAAUACAGAGGUGAAAAGAAAUACAAAAAGAGGAAAGAAUAUCCAGGUGAUGUGGACUCAGAGAAAAAGAGACCUGACAAGAUAGGGUCCAUAGAAGAAGUGGUGAAAUCGAGGUGGGACAGUCCGUCAGAUGAGAAAUAUUACAAAGACUUGAACCCUGUAAGGAAGUCGAGAUUCGAUUCUGAUGAUAAGUAUCAAGAACAAAAGCCUAAGUUGGAGACGGUCUCCAAGUUCCGCAAUACAUUUAAAGAGACCUCGGAGAGAAGGGAGGAUGUGACUAAGGUUAAAGAGGAAACAAAGGUACCACAAAUACAAAAGUCGUCAUCGAGGGAGAGAGAACCAAGAGGUGAACCCAAAAAAUUUAGUCUUCCAUCUAAAGAAGACCUGGAUAGAGAAUUUGAAGGAAUAAGAAUCCACAUUCGAAAUGACAAAUACAGUUCUGUGGAGGAGCAGAAAGGAAGCCUUGGACCGGUGGGCGUGCGACCUUUUGACAGCGUAGAAGAGGACCCUGUCAGCAUCGUGAGUGUCCUACACUCAGAGCAGAUUUACGCUCCCAAACCAGAGCCAGCGUAUCAAGAAGAACUGUUUGAAGUCAAGUUAAAAAGAGAUGACUCCCCUACCCAGCAUGAAAGAUCAAAAUCGAAUUAUCGGAGAAGACGUUCCCAGUCCUCCUCCUCCUCCAGUCGAAGCCGGUCCUCCUCCUACGACAAAAACAAACAUAGUAGAGGACCGCCAUCACAUAAAAAGAGAAGGUCAAGGUCACGCAGUAGUCACAGCAGGUCACCAAGUUCCCAUCGUGGUGGGUCUGGAAGGAAAAGGUCAAGGUCACCUCAUAGUGGUGAUGAAAAGAAAGACAAGAAUGAUAUCGGGAAGAAAAUCUAUGAGAUUAAUCGGUAUAAUAAGAACAGAAUCUUGUCUGAUGGUAAAUCAAUAACUAUCAAACCUUUUGUCAAGCUGGAGAUUGGGUCUCAUGGGAGAGGGGGUGGGAGGGGAAGAGGGGAUUCAAAAUUCAUGGAUAACAGCAGGGGGAGAGGAAAGUAUUUUGAUAACAGUAGAGGGAGGGGGAAGUUUGUUGACCGAGGAAGAGGAAAGUAUGUAGAUAGGGGAAGAGGAAAGUAUGUAGAUAGGGGAAGGGGAAAGUUUAUAGAUAGAGGAAGGGGAAAAUUCAGAGGAAGGGGCCAGUAUCAUGACAGCUAUAAAAGCAGGGGGGACUAUCACAAGGAUCGUUCCUACUCCUCAAAGCGAAGGUCAAGGACCAGAUCGAGGUCAAGGUCAAGAUCUAAAGACAGAUCAAGGUAUAGAUCAAGGGACAGGUCAAGGUCACGCUCAAAACACAGGUCAAGGUCCCCCAAGAAUUCCCGUCCUAAGAGCAGGUCUCCACAGAGGAAGAAGGAGAGCUGGUCCCCGCCGAUUGGUCAGGGUAGUGGUUACUAUGGUCCAAAAGCUGGUAAACCAGGAAAAGCAGACGAUGAUGUAGCAGGGGCUAGUGUUCCCAUGACAACUGGUGCUCCAUCAGCAGAGGGCAAAAGUUCACUAGAUAUGAUGGAAAUAUUUCUGGAGGAAUUGAGGCAGAAGAAAAUGCAAGCAGCUGCAAAUAACAAUUUUUAACUUGAAAAAAAUUUCUGUACAUUUAAAAAAAAUGUCCAUUUUAAUUUUCAUUGAAAUUUGAUAAAGUAUAUCAAAUUCUGUUUUAAAUGUAUGUUAUCAAAUGCUUGUGUUAUUGUUCAUUGGUUUUACUGUGUAAACAAUUGAUGAUUUAGAAAAAUUGUUGCAGUGUCUAUGUAAAGAUUACUUUUCUUGAAAUACCAAAGACCCCAGAAAUAUGGGAUUGAGAAUAAGAGACAUUCAAUUUGUGGUUGUUGUAUAAGGUACUGUAAAGAUUGUGCUCAUAAUCAUGGUAGACUUCAAGUCACUGAACCACUGAGCGAAGUGUAUAUAGUUCUUGUAGACAAUACUUUGUACAAAAAUAUAUCUUUAAAAGAUCUAAACAAUUACCUAGAUUCUCUUUUAUCAGAAGUUUCUUUUAUGUGGAGAUUAUUAAAACUUUAAAAACUUCAA